UGGAUGACGUUGUUGUGAGUUAUCGCCCUUGUCAAUACUACGCCAGCGGUCACCGGGUGUAAGGUCACGGCUAGGUCACCUCUGGUUGGCUGAUUUUUUUUUCUCUCGAGCGCUCAGUGAGAGAAAUGUGAUUGUGUGUAGACCCUAGGCCAAACUAAAAUUUCUCUAUUGCUUGUGUAGGCCUAGGGCUAGGCGUACCAUCACGUGAAGAUCUAGUCUAGAUCGGUUUUGAUAACAGUUUUUAAAAAGGCCUACAUAAACAAAUUGGACUAUAUCAGGAACUGGUCAGUUAUCAAACAGACCCUGGCCUACAGAUCCAAGUAAUAGAGAGUACAUCUGAGGACUGGUUGUAAAUAAUAAUAAUAAAGUACAUCAGUUGCCAGAUGGAGCAGUUCAACAGUACAGAUCACCCACACCUGAGGUACAAUCCACUCAGAGAUGACUGGGUUGUCGUGUCACCACAUCGGGCUAAACGCCCAUGGCAGGGCCAGGUAGAAAAACUAAUACACGAAGAAAUCCCACGCUUUGAUCCCACGAAUCCUCUAUGUCCAGGGGUAACGCGGCCUAAUGGUGUGGUAAAUCCUGACUAUACAAAUACAUUUGUGUUUGAUAAUGACUUCCCAGCUUUGUUGCCAGACGGCCCUGACCCUCCCAAGUCUGAUGACCCUCUGUUUCAGUCUGCGCCUGCUCAUGGAAAAUGUCGGGUCAUCUGUUUCCACCCAUGGUCAGACCUCACUUUACCUUUGAUGGAGGUUGGUGAUAUCCGCAAAGUUGUUGAUACGUGGUUGGUUGAAAAUGAAGCACUCGGAAAGCAGUUUGAUUGGGUGCAAAUAUUUGAAAACAAGGGGGCUGUAAUGGGCUGCUCAAAUCCUCACCCACAUUGUCAAGUAUGGGCUUGUUCUUUUCUGCCCAAUGAGCCCAAAUUAAAGGAUCGGACGCAGCGAGAAUUUUACAAAACUCAUGGUCAGCCCAUGCUUAUCAACUACCUAGAGAAGGAGCUAGUAAAAGAGGAGAGAUUAAUUCUCCAGUCACCUCACUGGGUCUGGCUCGUGCCAUACUGGGCAACUUGGCCAUUUGAAACCAUUUUGUUACCUAGGCGACAUGUUUUGAGAUUAAAUGACCUAAGCGAAGAAGAGAAAAAUGACCUAUGUACAAUGCUGAAAAAACUGAACACUGUUUAUGACAAUCUAUUCCAAACAUCGUUCCCAAACUGUAUGGGUUGGCAUGGGGCACCAACAGGCAAGUACCUCAAUGAAGACAUGUCACAUUGGCAGCUGCAUGCUGCUUUUUAUCCGCCCUUGCUGAGGUCCGCAACAGUCAAGAAAUUCAUGGUAGGUUUUGAAAUGUUAGCAUCAGCCCAGAGAGAUAUGACAGCUGAACAGGCUGCAGACAGACUUCGAAGCUUACCUACAGUCCACUACAAGCAACAAAGCUAGGCGAUAGAGCAUUUUAUUAUUACAAACAUGUAAUGAUUACUAGUUUAUAUAAAUUUUCUAUCCUGUACUCAAGUUUUAUGUGUGAUGAACGUUUGUGUGAUGAAAUUUUGUAAAUGAAUUAAUCUCAGGUAGUUCUAUAUAAUACACAUUGUUAUAAUGUGUUUGCAAUCAAAUUCCUAAAAAUAAAAUUAUCCCAGGUGUGGCUUGCAGUUAUUUUUCAGCUUUGUACAUCAGUCUGAGAACUGAAUUUUACA